ACAGAAAAUUAAAGAAAAAAAUGAAGUUAUUUACAACAAAUUGGCAUCGUUUAUUUUUUAUCACUUAUAUUCUAUUGUUUGUAUGGCAAAGUCAAUUGAUAAAAUUAUUUCAUGUGGAUACAAAAAUAACAUCAAAUCUUAUGAUGGAAACAAUACAUCCAACAACAAUUGUAUUGGCAACUGAAUUAUUAAAAUUAUUAUUAGCCAUCAUUAUAUUUGUAAAAGAUAAUAAUUUUGAAUCAAUAAUUCCUGAGUUGAUAGGUCAUUUACGUUUAUUUUUAUUGUCUUGUAUACCGGCCAUUCUAUAUUGUGUGGUAAAUAAUUUACAAUUUAUAAAUAUGUCUCAUUAUGAUCCAGUAACAUAUUCUGUAUGGAUGCAAUGUCGUUUAAUUGCUACCGGUUUUGUAUAUCAAUUUAUAUUCCAAAGAUAUUUAAAUCAAAUUCAAUGGCUAUCAUUAAUGUUAUUAACAAUUGGUUGUAUUAUUAAACAAUUUGAUCGUAUCGAUUGGUCGAUAAUAUCGUUGUUCAAUGGUAUUCGAACAUUUGAAUUUGUUAAUCUACCUGAUCGUUAUAUUGCAUUGAUUAUUGUACAAAUAUUCUGCUCAACUAUUGGUGGUGUUUACAAUGAAUAUUUGAUUAAAAAAUCACAAGAAAAAGUACAUCUUAUGAUGCAAAAUAUUUACAAUUAUAUCCUUUCGAUUGUAUUUAAUUUAAUAUUCUUAUUCAUUACAAUACCUAAUCAUAAAGAACGAUGGCAAAUAAUGAAUGUGAUUGUUUUUGAUGAUAAUCAAAAAAAUUUCUGGUUCUUUGUGAUGAUCAUCAACAAUGCUCUUUGUGGUCUUGCAGCAAGUUUAUUUCUUGAUAAAUUCAAUUCAAUAAUGAAAGUUUUUGCUACUGGUUGUCAUCUAAUUCUAGUUGCAUUAGCUUCAUAUUGGCUAUUAAAUACUGAAGUCAAUAUAUUUACAUUCAUAUCAAUCAUAAUCGUAUCAAUAUCUAUCUAUUUAUAUGUUAAAAAUCCGGUCAUUUCAAUCAUUUCUAUGGAUAAUAAAAAAAUUCGCGCCAAUUAAAACAAAUAUUAAAUUUUACUAUUAGCAGUAACGAUGUAUAUGUGUGGAAUAUUUUCCGAAAAAAGGUAGCAG